GAAAGCAUUUCGUCUCAUUUUCUUAGCAAAUCUUGGUUAGACCCUUUUCUUUCCAUGUCCCCUUUUCUCUACCUUCUUCUCUCUCUAACGCAGAUAUAAAGUGAUGAAUUGAACCAUUUCAUGGUUCCAAGUCUUUUAACCACCUGAAUCCAACUCUGGAAGAAACAGAGAGAACAGAGGAAAACAGAGAUGGACAUGGAAGCUGCAAUGCGAGGCAAGACUCUACUCUGGGUUAUGAUUUGUAGCUUGUUUAUCACGGUUCAUGUUUAUGGAGAAACCUCUAAGAUAGGUCAGUUUUCGAGGAGUGAUUAUCGAGACCAAAUGCGAAGACUGCAAGAGUUCAAGGCCUCGUUAACCGGACGCGAUUCCGGUUCAUUUGUUGCACCAUCUUCAGUCUCACCUGCUCCUAGCCCCAACCCUUCUCAGUCACCGCCGGGGAGGACUAGUCCUCGUGUGUAUCACGUCACAACGUACGGUGCUGAUCCGACUGGGAACAGAGAUAGCACUGAGGCUGUGGCUCAAGCAUUUGCAGAUGCUUUCCGUGGUCCAUCAGAAGGGUUCUUAAUGGAGGGAAUCAGCAACCUUGGUGGUGCACAGAUCAAUCUUGAAGGUGGUCAGUACCUGAUUAGCAAACCGCUCCGGUUUCCGGCUGCCGGAGUAGGAAAUAUUAUGAUUCAAGGAGGAACAUUGAGAGCCUCAGAUGACUUUCCGACAGAUGGAUACUUGAUUGAUCUAUCUGCUUCAUCAUCAUCCCCCAAAAAGAAUGAGAAAACCAGAGAGAGCUCAUCAUCAGUGUCUGCUCAGCUUUCUUUAUCAUCCUACAACUAUGAGUACAUAACAUUAAAAGACCUUAUGCUAGACGCUAACUACAGAGGAGGGGGCAUUUCAGUCAUAAACUCACUCAGAACAAGCAUAGACAAUUGCUACAUAACACAUUUCUACACUGAUGGUAUUCUAGUCCAAAGUGGCCAUGAAACCUACAUCAGAAACUCCUUUCUAGGGCAGCAAAUCACCGCCGGCGGUGAUCACAACGAAAGAAACUUUUCCGGCACUGCAAUCAACCUCAAGGGAAAUGACAAUGCUGUGACGGAUGUGGUGAUUUUCUCUGCUGCUGUAGGUAUAAUGAUUUCCGGACCGGCUAAUAUACUUUCUGGUGUACAUUGCUACAAUAAGGCCACAGGUUUCGGAGGCGUUGGGAUUUACCUAAGAUUGCCUGGUUUGACACAGACUAGGAUUGUGAAUUCUUACAUGGACUAUACUGGUAUAGUUGCUGAAGACCCCGUUCAGCUUGAUAUAUCAAACAGCUUCUUCCUUGGUGACGCAUAUAUUGUGUUGAAAUCAAUGAAGGGUGUUGCCAAUGGGGUCAAUAUAGUUAACAACAUGUUCAGUGGGAACAACAAGGGGAUUGAUAUUGUUCAAUUGGACCAAUCAAAUGGGGGUUUCAAGGAGAUUGAGCAAGUUGUUGUGGACAGGAACGUUGUGAGGGGGAUGAACAUAAAGGGCACCAUUGGAAGGAGAACUGUGCAAGGCAAUGGAAGCUCAUGGGAUAUAGACUUCAACCCAAUUCUUCUAUUUCCUAAUCUCAUUAGGCAUGUGCAGUACUCUUUGAGCACUGCUGCUAGCAAUGUGUUCCCCAACCAUGCCCUGAGGAAUGUGUCCGAUAACCGGGUGGUGAUCGAGGCGGAUGUGGCGGUUCCGGCUUCAGUUUUUGUCACAGUGGAUCAAGGAGCAUCAAGCUGAGGGAUGGCUGAAGCUAAUGGCUUGAAAAUUGUGUCAAAAUUUAUUGGGCGACAAUUGUCAUUUGUGAAUAGGUUGGAAUAUGGAUACAUUUUUAACUUUACAAACUACCGCUAAUUUUCGUUCAUGAGUUAUAUGUAAUACGGGAUUGAAGCAUAUGAUAUGCUGUAAUAGUU